AGUAAAAUAAACGUAAACAACACACACCAUGGUAAUAUGACAAAUGUUAUAACACGGGCACCAACUAAUUCUAAUAGCAAUGUCGUCACUACAAAUAAUGAGGUUCCUGUCAAUAUUCGGACCAUGACAAGAAGCGAAAAUGAUUGUAAAUUUGUUGCAGACCUAAAGGUAGAAGCGAAAAGAGCCGAAUACAUACAUGCUACCAGUGCAGGAAGUAUAAACACCAUUAAGAGAAUAACGGAAAGAAAUCACGAAGAACAAGAUGAUUGGUUCUACGACCGCAACUUUAUAGCAGAGUACAAUGGUGACCCGGUAGGGAUAUUGACAUUGUCAUUUCCGGAAGAUCCGAUCCCUGUUAAAAGUGAUUAUGAAAUGGAAUUUGGAUGUACAGAUUUGUGUGGGUUAUUCUGUUUAAAUAGUGGUCUUGAUGAAACUGUGAUAGAAGGUUGUUUAUACAUCAGCGAUAUCUAUGUAAUUGAAAAAUAUCAAAACGAAGGUAUAGAAACACACUUGCUACAAAUGGCAGAGAAGGAAGCAUUGAAAAAUAAUAUAUCAGUUAUAUUUCUUUACGUCAGAUUCGGUAAUACUAAUACACGCCUGUACUUAAAUCAAGGAUUUACAAUUGUAAACAAAAAAUGUUGCUGUAUUUGGUGUACAAUGGGUGUUUGUGGUUUUUACACAAUGGAAAAGCGUCUGGUUUUGUAGCAAAAGAUGACAAAAACUUGGUUUAGAAUACGCCACAAAGAUAACAGAAUAUCGAGAAAAGUUAUCAAUUGGCACAACGUUAUUUUUUGGUCAAUGACAACCAACUUUACAAGCGUGUAACUCAAAAAAUUUACGUGUAUUGCCGUUUGCUGCAUUGGGAUUUUCAAUUUAUAAUAUGAACAUGAUGUGCAAUGGUUUUUCAUGUAUUGUUAUGAUUUAUUCAUAAUUGUUCAACUGGGAAUAUGUUGUUUUAUUGUGUUUCAUUCGGAAACAGUCAUUAAAUAAAAAUAUUAUCGACUAAACACCUACUCAACUAUGAAUGUAUCUUAAAGGACAAGUGUCGUAUAACCCCAUACAGCUACAUUAAAUUUGAUACAAAUGAAACAAGAUUUGAAAUGAUGUGCAAUGGUUUUUCAUGUAUUGUUAUGAUUUAUUCAUAAUU